CCCAGUGGCUGCUGUCGAAAUGGGCAAGUUUAUGAAACCUGGAAAGGUGGUGCUGGUCCUGGCCGGACGCUACUCCGGACGCAAAGCCGUCAUCGUGAAGAACAUUGAUGAUGGCACCUCAGACCGCCCCUACAGCCAUGCUCUGGUGGCUGGAAUUGACCGCUAUCCCCGAAAAGUGACAGCUGCCAUGGGCAAGAAGAAAAUUGCUAAGAGGUCAAAGAUCAUAUCCUUUAUGAAAGUUUAUAACUACAAUCAUCUCAUGCCCACAAGGUAUUCUGUGGAUAUCCCCUUGGACAAAACUGUUGUCAACAAAGAUGUCUUCAGAGACCCUGCUCUGAAACGCAAGGCCCGACGGGAGGCCAAGGUCAAGUUCGAAGAGAGGUACAAGACCGGCAAGAACAAAUGGUUCUUCCAGAAGCUGAGGUUUUAGAUCUUUUUUGCUUCAGUCAUUAAAAGUCAAAAAAAUA